AUGGGAUGGAAAUAUUUCUAUCGGGGAGUGGACGCGGCGAUGGCAGACUUGGAAAACACUGCCGACCAAAAUGUGUUUACCCCUCCAGUACUACCAAAUGAAUGUACUCCAAAGAGCGCUAAACAAACCAGGAGGGAUGACAAUGUGCUCUCAGAUGUGAUGGGAAUACUGAAAACAACAGCCAAUAAAUUGGACAAUUCGAUAGGUAUUCCUGAUACAACGAAAAGUUUCGCUUCCUUUAUAGGGGCUAAAAUGACUAGUUAUUCGCCACAAACUAGGACUUCGGUGGAACAUGCAAUUUUUGAAAUAAUUAUGAAAGCUGAUAGGGGAUAUUACGAAUCGUGGCGUCAUCAAAAUAACCAUGCAUAUGGUUUACACCAAGAUGAUUAUUUAUCCAGGGCAAGACGGAACUGUGAGGAUCUGACCGGAUAUUCUAAUCGUCCCUCAAUGUCGGCCGGACCACCAUCGGGCACAAACGAAGCGGGACCCUAUGGCUAUACUACGGCAAGAAAUGAAGAUACUACUGACUAUCCAACCAUCCAGCCGCCCUUGUCGGUCUCUUCACAAGAGUCUUACACGUCUUCUAUGGAUGACUUUAAUGAUUUAAUGUGA